AUGGCCUCUCUCCUCCCCCUCCGCCGGGCACCCACGUCCCUCCUCACCUCCACCUCCAAGCCAUCCACCCACCUCGCCCGUUCCCUCCUCACCAGCACCACCAUCCCCUCCACUCGGACCUUCACAACCAGAUCCUCCACCCUCCUCCCCAACACCAUCACCAAAAGAGCCACUACCACUACCACUACCACCAGCAGCAACCUCAUCCUCUCCCACCCUAACCUUCGCUCCAUCCGCCAAAAAAGCACCAAAGACAACGACGCCCCCACCUUCCGCCAAUGGGGCUUUGAAGACAUAACCGCCUCCCUCCCCAGCAACACCCCCAACAGCCCGACCCAAAAACCCAUUAUUCUAAUCGACGUGCGCGAGCCCGCCGAGCUCUCCUCCACGGGCAUCAUCCCCUCGGCCGUGAGCGUGCCGCUAGCAUCCCAGCCUGACGCGUUGUUCCUGACCCCGGAGGAAUUCGAGACGAGGUUUGGGUUCCCCAAGCCUGGUGUGAAGGGGGAGGAAGAGGACGCGGAGAUCGUGUUUUAUUGUAAGGCUGGGGUGAGGGCGCGCGCGGCGGCGCAGUUGGCGGAGCAGGCGGGGUAUGAGGCGAGUCGGCUGGGGGUUUAUGAUGGGAGUUGGUUGGAUUGGGCGAAGAGGGGGGGUAGAGUUGAGAGGUGGGAGGGGGAUGAUAAUUAA